AUGGGCCGUGUUACAUCUCCAAAAUAUUUAAAGCCCACCUUACUCCUCCUAACUAUUGUUGUUCCCCAAUUUAUUCGCCGCUAUUCUCGUUAUACCGAACGGGUUAUCCUCGUUCCCACCAUUGACGUUGAGUCCCCUCUCUCCUCCUCGGCAUCAAACCCUAGCCAUGGCGGCCGUCGCCGAUGGCGGCGAUCCGGCGCCGUCCGCGCCACCGGACCUCGAGAAGGCAUCGCCGCCGGGGACGGCGGCGCCGCGGCGGUGACCUCGGUGCUGCGGCGGUGGAAGCGGGAGGACCUUGUGGAGAAAAGCUCGCUGCUCCUCCGCGCCGCGGCGCUCCUCUUGUCCCUCAUCUCCUUCGUCGUCAUGGCGUCGAACAAGCACGGCGAUUGGAAGGAGUUCGAUCACUACGAGGAAUACAGGUACAUAGUGGCGAUCGGGGUGCUCGCUUUCUUGUACUCGGCGGGGCAGGUGGCGAGGCAGGUUCAUCGGCUUAACGGGGGCGCAGAUCCUUUUCCGGAGAGGACAUCGAGAAUCGUGGAUUUUGCUGCGGAUCAGGUGAUUGCGUACCUCAUGAUUUCUGCAUUAUCUGCUGCUAUCCCUAUAACCAAUCGCAUGCGAGAGGGAGCUGAUAACAUAUUCACUGAUACAUCUUCAGCCUCCAUUAGCAUGGCAUUCUUCGCCUUUUUGGCGCUGGCCUUCUCUGCUCUCCUUUCCGGAUUCAAGCUCUCCAAGCAAACAUAUAUAUGAAUACAAAAGCCCCCCUAUUGUGCAAUUCUUUACUCCUCCCUUUUUGUGUUUGUGUGUGUGUGUGUGUGUGUGUGUUUUUUGAUAGUUUAUAUGGGAAAUUCCCACUGUCAAUAGUACUCUCUUGUGUAAUUCUUUCAUCGUCUGCAUGUAUCAUAUAUAGUGGUGACUUUGAUUUUAUACCCAAAUAUUUUAUGCCAUUAUUCAUGUAAUAAAGUAACUUGCCAUAGUGGAUGUGUGUUUGUUAGAGCCUAAAUAAUAACAUGUUUGAUAGGUGUCUUUGUAAACUUGUUACUUGCAAUAUGUUGUAUUUCAUUAUA